AGUUUUAUCUAUGACGUCACAAGCAAUAACAAUCGCCGGUUGUAACUUGGUUCUAGUAUAGUAAAAAUUCGCAAUUAAUCGUUUGUGACGUAAGAGUAAGGUGUAUGAUGUAUAAAAGCGUUAGUUUUUCCUCGUUUGCUUCUGCUGACGUGGACGUAGAAGCGUGGCGAACAAAAAUAGAUGUUCCAGUAUUUUCAAGGGCUGGUAAAACAAAAGGAGCAAUCACGUUUAAACGCCGACCAAUCAUCGUUGCUUUAAUAUUCAUUAUUUGUUUUUUAUCGUUCUCAUAUUACACAACCCACCCAGCCCCAACCAUGGGAGGUCAACAUACAGAGGUUCAAAUAUUACAAAAAGUGACAUCAUACAAUACCACUUAUCCACUUACAAGACCCAUUGUGACAUCACAAGGGAUGACAAUGCGUAUUGGGAUGAUUACCGACAUGGAUGUUUCAUCAAGAUCUGGUAACAAAACAUAUGAGUGGCGGAGUUAUAUUCGAUAUGGUUGGUUAAGUUUCAACAAUCGAACGCUCUCUAUCUCCAUCAAGUGGGAACAGGAUGAUGUUGAUGCAGUUGAAAUCGUGUCGGGAUAUUCCAACCAUGGGCGAGGCAUGGAGAUGUCGGAAAUGGUUGUGUUCGACGGGAAAGUAUUGGUCGUGGACGAUCGCACAGGGAUUGUUUAUCAUGUGAUCGGGAACCGCAUUGCACCAUGGGUAAUAUUAUCAGAUGGGGAUGGGACAAAAGCAAAAGGGUUUAAAGGUGAAUGGAUGACAAUCAAAGACGAGACGUUGAUUGUUGGGGCUGCAGGUAAGGAAUGGACAACAAGACAUGGGGUAUUCAUGCAUAGGGAUCCACAAUGGGUGAAAACAAUCGAUAAAUAUGGAGCAGUGCGACAUUUUGAUUGGACGACAAAUUACCGAUCAAUGCAGCGAGCGUCUGGUCAUCUUUCACCAGGCUACAUCAUCCACGAGAGUUGUGCAUGGAGUAAAAUACACAAUGCUUGGUUCUUCCUCCCACGCAGAGUGAGCUCACUUCGUUACAACGAUGUACUUGACCAACAACGAGGGGGAAACAUUUUGUUCAAAUGCAAUCACGACUUCACGUCUGUUCAAGUCAUAACAAUCGGUGACACCACUCAUCGGGAACGAGGAUAUUCAUCGUUUAAAUUCAUUCCUGGGACCAAUGAUGGGGUGAUUGUUGCGUUGAAGACCGUCGAGCUAAAUGCACGAACACAAACCUACGUCACCUCAUUCACACUAGAGGGCAAUAUAUUAUUACCGGACACACUCGUGUCGGACAAUUAUAAAUUUGAAGGAUUUGAAUUUUUAUAAUAAUCUGUUAAUUAAAAUGUUUAGGAAAUUAUUUAUUUUAUUUUCAUCAUUUAUUUUAUUUUCAUCAUUUAUUUUAUUUUCAUCAUUUAUUUUAUUUUCAUCAUUUAUUUUAUUUUAAAAUAUUAGUUAACAAUAACUUUCCUAGAGCACUUUGAUAAUAUUAUAUGUUCAUUGGUCGUGGAAUAAAUGUUGAAAAGUGA